GAUACUUCAAAAAUACCAAAAAAAAAACAAAUUGUAUUUAUUAAUGAUGGAAGAGCAAAGCAAAUGAGAGACAGAGACACAGUGCCUAUAUCAGAGAGUAAAUUGGUGAAGUGGAUUGAAACACAUAUGCCAUGGAGUCUCCGAGGAACCAUCGUGUCUCUGAGGAGAGUGAGGAAUACAGCAGUUGUGAGUCAGGGUGGACUAUGUACAUAGAAGACGCCUUCCAUGGAAAUGACCAUUCAUCUGUUGUUGUUGAUGAUGAUGAUGAUACACAGGUAAAAGAGACUUAUGAUGGUUAUGAGAACGAUGAUGGUGAUAGUAGUGAUGAUGGAGAAAAUGAAGAGAGUGAUGAUUCAAUGGCUUCUGAUGCAUCUUCGGGGAAUAGCAAACAGUUUCCGAAGAACACCAGCAAACAUGCAGCUAGGAAGAAUGGUUCUAAACAAGUCUACCUUCAAAAACGCCAACACACAGACAAAACAUUCAGCAACGAAGGAGAAAAAUCAGACCUCAAAGCUAGAACAAGAGCAAGCGCAGCUAGUCGAGUCCAAAGUAGAGGCAAGGUGAGCAAAACCAAAUAAUACUCAUGGAGAAGAAGAUAUGGGGGUUCACAAAGAAUCCCAAUCCUGUAAUGAAAAGAGACGUUUCAGGUCUCUCACCAAUCUUGUUGUUUGCCUUUAAUAAGCCAUGUGUAGGUAGUUGCAUUGUUUUCUUUUGCCGGAGUAUGUUUUUUUGGUAGAUGCUGUCCCAAAUAAGUUAUCUGCACGGUUCUCCGUUGGAACCCUGUUAUAUGAUAUGUACCUUGUUCUUCA